UCCAAUAUAACACCUUCCUCAACUUAGCUAGCUUGAAGACAUAGUAAUCAUUAUAUCUAACACAGAUAAUAAUAACUUAGCAACAUUUUUUCCUUCUUUCUUUCUUUCUAUACUUUUUGUGGUUCUGAUUAUUAAGUUCUAAGAGAAUAACAAUGGAGGGUGGAAGAUCAUCUGUUUCAAAUGGGAAUUGUGAGGUUCGGUAUAGAGGGAUUAGAAGAAGGCCAUGGGGCAAGUUUGCAGCAGAGAUUCGUGACCCUACGAGAAAAGGGACAAGGAUAUGGCUUGGAACAUUUGACACUGCGGAACAAGCUGCUCGAGCUUAUGAUGCUGCUGCUUUUCAUUUUCGUGGUCAUAGAGCAAUUCUCAACUUCCCAAAUGAGUACCAAUCUCAUAAUCCAAACUCUUCUUUGCCUAUGCCUCUAAUUGUGCCUCCUCUUUCUUAUUCUUCUUCUUCUUCUUUCACUUCUAAUUAUUCUGGUGAUGAUAAUAACCACCUUGUGAGACCUGGAGAAAUAAUGCAAGGUGGUGAUCUUGAUGACACUUUUGAGUUGGAGUACUUGGAUAAUAAGUUGCUCGAGGAACUCCUUCAGAUGCAAGAUAACAGACACUUCUACAAGUGAAAUAUAACACAAGCCAACCAGCUAGCUGAUCAAAGUUCUUCGAAAUGAGAUUGGACAUUUGUUAUUAUUGUAAGAACUCAGUUGUGAGAAUAAUAAGCGACAUGGAAAUUUAAUAUCCUUGUUUUGGUAAA